AUGGAAUAUACAUUUGUCGGUGGAAUGGAUAACUGUAGUGAGAUUAUGGAUGGUAACGAAAUGAUGGGGGGUAAUGCUGGUGGUGAUGAUGAUGAUGAUGAAAUCAUUAUUGGUAAUGCUGGUGGUAGCAGUGUUGUUGUUCAUUGUAUUGACCCGCAUGGGAAAGCUGCUAGUCCAAGACACAAUGGUGGUGGUGGUUCUCACGGCUUCGACUCAGGAAUAACUAUACAAAAGUGCCCUUUUAAUUCGUGCGAAGCAGCAUUAGAAACAAUCGAAAUGUACGGCCUUGACUCUAUCCGGGUUGUACCUGAAAUAUUAAUUAAUAGCAGCAGCGGCGGCGGCGGCGGCGGUGUCAGUGGCAAUGAUGAUGUUGUUGUUAUUGAUGACGAUGAUGACGAUGAAGAUGCAUCAAAUUCUCAUCAUGAUUCCCACUAUCUUUCCUUACCCUCGGGCAACUCAUUUUAUGACACAACAGGCUAUCGCACUAGCCCAAUUAAAAGCGUCACUCCUAAUAAACUUUAUUCAAACGUUGCUCUGGUUGCUCUGGUUGCUCUGGUUGCCCUGGUUGCUUUGGCUGCUCCUCACACACAAAAAUGUGAUAUCGAUUUGGUCAAUAAAUCAAAUACCCUCGAACCCAGUCCAUCAGGAAAAAGCAUCACUUCAUCAGCAUCAUCAAGAAGUUCGUCGUUCCAUAUUAUUACAUCCGCACUGCAGAUUCCUAUAGUUCCCACAGAGCUUCAAAAUCCCCAGUUUCUUCAUAAAAGUCAACACGCUGAUCUGCUGACAGACUCUGAUGAUUCCGUGCUCAAUUUUAAGUUUAACCGUAUGGUACCAAAAUUCAAACCGGUACAGGUAAUUUCUGGCCAAGCAACACCCUUGACUGGAUACCCCGAGUUUGACAAAUGUGGAAGAUUUUUGGACUUUGUAUCUCCUUUGAAACUGGACCUCAAUAAAGAAGCUUUUCCCCCAAUUACAUCAACUUCCAAGUCGUCGCCUAUUUUGACUAGUGGUGACACAUUUAAUGCUCAAAAGUUCUCACAGCACUAUUACAACUUAACAGAUGAAAGCGUAAAAACAAUUCAUGAUGAUACUAUUGUUUUCAAUAGAUGUGUCACACCAACAUCCUCGAUUUCAUCCAGGGAUCAUCAUUUACAACAGCAACUGCUACUUCAACAACAACAACAACAAGAGCAACAACAACAACAACAACAACAACAACAACAAGAUCAACAACAAGAGCAACAACAAGAGCAAAGACAGAGACAGCAAAUGCAACUGCAGCACAUUGACUAUAAUGAUUUGUCAAAUUUUUCUAUUGUCAAGAUCCUUAGUCCUAAGCAUAAUGUCACUCCUGAAGAUAACGAUAACUUAUCUGAUACCGGCCAAUAUAAGAUUUCUGCUCUCAAUUUAAAAUCCCAAUCACUGCAGGAUCUCAAAUUCCCAGUUUUCACAAUUUCAAGUCCAGCAAGAGAAUCUACUCCUGAGAAUUGUCCAGCAGCAAGUGAUACCCAACUAAGAUCACCUUUCGAUAAGGGACUCACGGCUCCCAAUCUUGCAAGCACUACCACCACCACCACCACUAAUAACAACAACAAUACUAAUAACCAUCUCGUAUCCAAGAUCAAAAGGCCAUCAGGAAGACAAGCAAUAUUCCCACAGCAUAGUAUUGCAAUUUUCAACAAAACGGAAAAAAUAAAUGAUUUUAGAUCAAAUCUAUUAUCAAAAUAUUCUACAAGAUUAAUUGAAUCGAUUAAAUUAUGUGCCUCCGAUUUACAAUGUGAAAAUCAUUGCUCUCAACAUUUUGAUACCUAUUUAGAUUUGGUUGAGCACUAUGAACAGUAUAAAAUAAUGACGACGAUUUUUGAUCGUAGUUAUAGAUGUCCCGUCAAGGAAUGUCCAUUACAUUUAAUAGGGCUCAAGAAUCGUGCUGAAUUGAGACAUCAUGUGCAUUAUGAGCAUAUAAGCAAUGGCUAUGUCCACCAGCAUUUUAAGAAAUAUGACCUGGAGAUUAAAAGUAUAUUGUUUGUUUGUAUUCAGCCAAAUUGUGAAAAGUCCUUUUAUAGAAGUGAUUCAUUAACUAGACAUCUCAAGUUGGUUCACAAAGAUGGGAAGAAGAAGAAAAGUAGAAAGAGAAGGAGAAAAGUAGAGACAAUGGACAGUGAUUUGGAUCUUAGCUGCGAAGAAGGAGACGAAGAAGAUGGAGGGGGAGGAGUGAGGGGAGGAGAAGGGGAUGAUGAAGAGGAAGAAGGAGAAGAAGGAGAAGGAGAAGGAGAAGAAGUUGAUUUGAACGAAGACGAGGACGAGGACGAGAAAUUUAAUGGGGGAUUUGGAUCAAAGACUUGUUCAAAUUCAAGUUAUACUUCAAAUAGAAAAGUAAGAAGAACAAAGUAUUGA